AUGGGGAGAUCAUUUGUCUGCUGGAUUUUGGAUAUUGCGACUCUGCCGGAGCUUCUCCCGCGGGGUUAUAGUUCUGUUGUACAGUAUCAAACCUCACUUCGAUCAGGUACCCCAGUUCAUGUUUCGACGGCCCGGUCAUCCCGAUCAGAAACUGGGAAGGAAAAGAGUACCAAUCUCAUUCAGCUCAGGCUAAAGAUAGGUUUUUGUGUCUGGAUCAAUGACACGGUCGGAUGUCGACGAAGAAUGUGGGACAGGAUCGGUCUGGAGCAGGUUUCUCUCGCGCGCUUUCAUAUUUCAACGAGGCGAAAGUUCCCAUCCCUUCCUUGGUGUGCCCAGAAGAUCUUGAAUGUGGCCGUCGACAUUCCUUACCGGUUCUACGCUGAACCUACAUUCCUUUGCCCUCAAACCCUUUACGCGUGGGUUGCUUUAAAACCACCUACCUUCACAUCACCUCCAGUCCUUUCUGUGUCAGCAGAUUUUGAGAGGGUUGGUUGA